GUAGAGCGUGUAGUAGGGGACUCGAGGUUAUAAGAGCAAGUAUGGAGAAGCGUCGUCAGCCGCGAGCCAGCCGUGAAACAGCCGUGUGAAACAGCCGUAGUAGAAUAUUUGGUCGCACCCGAAGGAUGGAUCGUUGGCGAGGAAAAGUGGCGAUCGUGACGGGUGCGAGUGUCGGUAUCGGAGCGGCGCUCGUGGAGGCUCUGGUCAACGAAGGUUUAAAGGUGGUCGGACUGGCGAGGAGAGUAGGAAAGAUGGAGGAAUUGGCGUCGAGUCUGAAGGAUAAGAAAGGAACGUUGGACGCGGUGCAGUGCGACGUCAGCAAGGAGGAAGACAUCUUGAAGGCAUUUAAAAUCGUCGAGGAGAAAUUCGGGGGCCUCGACAUUCUCGUUAACAAUGCGGGAGUGCUCUUCCCGAGCAGCAUCAUAGAGGGCCCUACCGAGCACUUUCGUCAGAUUCUCGACGUGAACGUUUUCGGGGUGAGCAUCUGCACGAGGGAAGCGGUGCGCUUGAUGAGGAAAAGCCCCUCCCAGGGGCACAUUAUUAACAUCAAUAGCGUCGCCGGCCACAACGCCGAACUCAUAAUGAUCCCGAUAAGCAUCUACGCCGCGAGCAAAUUUGCAGUUACCGGACUUACGGAUUCCGUGAGAAACGAAAUCGCGGCCGCCAACCUGAACAUCAAGAUUACGAGCGUGAGUCCGGGUGCCGUGGAGACUGAUAUGAUCAACAAACUGGACGUCCCGAGCAGUAUGGUCAAGCUAGCCAGUGCGGAUAUCGUCGACGGGAUACUCUACGUUCUGAGCACGCCGCCACGAGUUCAGGUGAAGGAGCUGACGAUCGCACCUUUCAAUGGAUCCUAAAGUCCGUCGAGUCUUCGUGUUCCAGACGCCUCUCGUGUCUCUCGUGUCUCUCUUGGAUUACGCGAUAAAGACUACCGUCCAGUGUGCAUUGUUCAACGUCAGGAUGAGGCAGGAAAAUUGAUCAAGUCCACUCGAGGCAUGACAGCGCGCCGGCUAAUUGCCGCCAUGCAAAUCCGAUCGAUUAAAAUUCACCAACAGACGA